CAAUAACAAAAGCAAAUCCAUGAUUCUUCUUUUUUUUUUUUUUACUGAUUCUUUUUUUUUUUUUACUGAUUCUUCUUUUUAUCUAAAAAGAUAAGAAUAUAAUUCUUCUUUUUCAUCCGGGUGUUUUUCCUUUUUUUAAAGUCAAAGCCUUUUCUUUUCAAGAUAACUCAUAAAUAUAAUCCUUCACUAAUACUACUUCAUAAAUGAACUAAUCAAGAACUAUUAUAUAAAUCUCUCUCCUCAAAUCAUACUCCUGUUUUAUAGAUACAAAACUACAAACCCACUUAAAUUUCUCCCACAAAUCCCCCAUUUUCCCUCUUUCUCUCUCCUCCCCCACAAGCAGCCUCCAAAUUCCCCACAAAUCUCAAAGAUUCACCAUUUUUACUCCAUUAAAGCUCACCAUUUUUGCUCUAAAUCUGGUUAGUUGAAUGGUAGAAAGUGAAGAUGAAGGGUAUGUUUCAAAACCCAUAUGGGAGAUCUAUUCUAAUGAUUCACCAAAAAUUGUAGCACAUAAAUUUCUUAGGUCUACCAUUUUUUCAUCUCCCAUGAAAAAUUCGGUUAGACCAGUAUUUAGUUUGUUGUUACUGAUUGUUGUUGCUGCAACUUUUGGUAGUAGGGUUGCAAUUAAAAAUGGGUUUGGAUCCGUUUAUGGGGAGGUGGAUUAUUCAGAAGAUAGUAUCACACCUUUGGAUUUACCUGUUUUUAACUCCACAUUGUUUAAAUUGGCUGAAAUUGAUGUGGGUGCACCUAAAUUAAGGAAGGAAAUUGAGCAAUUGAUGGAGGGUAACUUUGGAAAUAGUGCUAGCCUUCGGACGUUCGCCACAUGGCGGAGGUUCUUUAAUAGUGGUGAUAUUCGGGCUAGAACGUCGAGGGGGAUGCCGGUGAAUCUCCGGACACCGGAGUUUUCUAAGGUUUGGUUGAAGUUUAGGAGGUGUUUGAGUGAUUGGUCAAGUAAGAAGAGGUUUCAACCUGAUAUAAUGGAGGAAUUAGUUGAGCUUGUGAAAGUUCCUAUUGAUGAGUAUCAUGGGUUGGAUUUUGUGGGUUUGAGUAAGAAGUAUUCUUCUUGUGCUGUGGUAGGGAAUAGUGGGAUUUUGUUGAGUAAAGAGUAUGGAGAAUUGAUUGAUAGCCAUGAAGCUGUGAUCCGAUUGAACAAUGCUAGAAUUGAAACAUAUCAAAAGAAUGUGGGUUCGAAAACAAGUAUCUCGUUUGUAAAUAGUAACAUUUUGCAUUUAUGUGCAAGAAGGGACAAUUGUUUUUGCCAUCCAUAUGGGAUUAAUACCCCUAUUGUUAUGUACAUGUGCCAACCCGCGCAAUUUCUAGACUAUAUAGUGUGCAACUCUUCCCAUAAGUCACCCUUGAUUGUGACCGAUCCUCGGUUUGAUAUGUUAUGUGCUCGAAUCGUGAAGUAUUACUCAUUGAAACGGUUUGCAGAUAGUUCAAACAAGACUCUAGAGCUAUGGAACUCGGCUCAUGGAGGCUCUAUGUUCCAUUACUCUUCGGGUAUGCAAGCUGUGAUGCUAGCAUUGGGAGUUUGUGAUAGAGUUAGCCUUUUUGGGUUCGGGAAAUCAACCAAUGCUAAGCAUCACUACCAUACUAAUCAAAAGGCAGAGCUCAGCUUGCACGAUUACCCUGCCGAGUAUGAUUUUUAUCGCGAUUUGGUAGAGAGGCCUCAUGCAAUACCAUUUGUCCCCAGCAAGUUCAAGUUCCCUCCUGUCGCAAUUCAUCGUUGAUAUGCUUAACAUUUUGUGGGUCUUAUUGAUUGUAGUCUUUUUUGUUUUAAUUAGAUCUCAUACCGAAAUUAUUUAGAAACAAAACGAAGUUGGCAAAGUCGGCUUGAUUGAUACUUAAACCCUAUCAGAAGUUUCUUGGGGUAUACUUUGUAAUGUUGAUCUAGAAUUGAACUAUUGAUUCCACGCUUCUUUUGGAGUGUUCAAGUGUAUGUAGCUUAAUAUUUGAAUAGUUGGAGGGAAAAAGGAAAGAAGAAGAACCGACUUUUUGCAAAUCUCAAAAGUUUGCCUUUUGUUGCUCUUGUGAUUCACCAUUAUUGCAUUCUCUCUUUUUCUAGUAAGAACUAGUUAUUAGGCCCGGACUAUGCCCUGGGUAAGAAAAAUUUCAUUUAUUAAUAUUCUACUUUGAUAUGAUAUCACUAAUUACAACUUGGUCUAAUGGUUAAAACUUUAGUACAUGAACUUGAGGUCACGGGAUCAAAACCUAUACCAUGCAAUUUCUAAUUUUUUUAUUGUACAUGGAUUACAUGAACUAAAACUCCCUAGGGAGAGCGCCACGUGGCACCGUUCCUGGUUUGCGCACGCCUUUUAAUAUAUUAGUAUAGAUUGCAUUCAUAUCUUAUGAAGUUGGUACUUUCUAUACUAUGACUUUCUCUCAAGUCUCAGGUAUUGAUGCAAGUUAUAAGAAGAAAGACAUAGAUAGGUAUUUAAAUUUUAGAUGUAUUUGUGUGGCUCGGCUAGUCGCUCCUCUUCCUUAAAACUUAAAGUACUACUAUCUCGGUUUUCUGAAGAUUUACAUGGUUCACUUUGGAGAAGAAUCAAAGAAAUAUGCCAAAAGUACGAGAAGGUGUUCAAAUGUUUCGUCAUUUUAGAUAGUCGUGAGAAUACUCUCCCUCUAUUAGUAGAUAAAUAUAAUAUUUAAAAUGAUAUUGUGAGUUCUAUUCUAUAUUUUCUCAUUUUACCAUUAAUAAUAUUUUUAAUUAAAAAUUAAAUUAAUAUGGAGUAACAAAGCUCCCAAAACUUGAAAAUAGGAAAAGUGCUCUAAAAUAUACAAAUAACUAAAAAAUCGAAAAUAACAUAAACAAUACUACAUUAUUAAAUACUAAGUAAAAUUCAACUUUUGGAAAAAUUCAUUGCUUUUGAAUUGCGAUUCUUUUUCUCAACAUUUGCGUGUCAUUUUUUCUUAUUGAUUAAAGAUGUUUUGAAUUAUACAGUUUACCAAAUAACAUCCUAACAUAGUCGUCGUUUUUUGUGUUAAAAAAACAAGAUGUUUUGAAUACUCAAAAAAAAAAAAAAAAAAAAAGAAGCAAA